AUGUCCCGCCUCCAGCACCAGCAGCUACAUUUGACUGAGCAAGCAAGGAAUAUCUCCUCGUUGUGCUCUGCACGCAGCUGCCACUCGCUGCAAGACUACAAAGCGACAAUGGAUACGCCGAACACCCACAUACCAAAAAAAAACACCAACGAACCCUCUGCCGCACUCCAAUUUAGAUACUUGGAUAUCGUAACCCUGUAUUUCGAAAACGUAGCAAGCUUCCUCGCACUAUUCCGCGUGCUUCGAGCGGCGUUGAUCGCCCGUUUUGACGCCGUGUUUCGUGUACUUGGCAAUAAGUUGCUCUGGCCAGAAGACAAGCACCCUGAACCGCUCAGACGUCGUUUUUUUUUUUUUAAAACCUGGAGUACCGCCUCCUACCUUCCACUAUGCCCGCUGUCAAUCGUAUUGUGA